AUGGCUCCUUCUUCUCCGAGUGAGAGUUGCCCGCAACCUCUUUCAACCGCAGAGAACGAUCUCCAGCCAUUCUUUGUUCUACAUAAAGCUUCACAUCACGGGAAAGAUAGAACAUCAGCAGGACAAGGAAAAUCUCGCAAGAGAAAUAAGCUUUCGCCUAUAUUGUCACAGAGUGCAAAUAAACCAGAAGGAAGUUCAACCGAAGAAUGUGAUCGCUAUAUGCGCCGGAAAAUGCAGAUUGAAGCUUUUGAUAUUGUUUGGACAAAAAUUGAAUCUACCAUUAAGGAUGUUUUGAGAGACCUCAAUGCUAGUGUAUUCAAUAAUAUACAGCAAUGGGUUAUGGAGUGCUUUGAUGCUAUUAGAUUGGUUGGAGAACCUAGCAUUGCUGAAGCAACUCGGUCUUUUCCUGUUCUAAAUAAUACUACUCCUUUGAAGGUGUACAGUGCAUUAGUUAUUACCAGAAACAUAGAGUUUGUUGAUGAUAUAAUGACAUUUGAAGAGCUUGGCCUUUUCUUGAAAUCCCAUGGAUGCCAUGUGACUAAGCUUUCUUCAAUGGAGUUUUCGUUAAAAAAUGGGAUUGCUGGUUGCUUGAAAGCGUUAUUGCGAGAGUUUAUAGGGAGUUCUUUCGACCCAGCUGAUAUACAAACCUUAGCGUCAUGGUAUAGAGAACAAGACAACUACAAUAAACCACUAGUGCUGAUGAUUAAUGAUUUGGAAAGGUGUUGCGGAUCAGUCUUAACUGAUUUUAUCCUUAUGUUGAGUGAAUGGGUUGUCAAGGUGCCAAUCAUCUUAAUAUUUGGAGUUGCAACAACAGUGGAUGCCCCAAGAAACAUUUUUCCAUCACAUGCUCUUGAAUGUUUGUGCCCUUCUAUGUUUAUGCUUGUAACACCAGCUGAGAGAAUGGAUGCAAUUGUUGAAUCUGUUUUUAUAAAACAUUGCACCACAUUUAAUAUUGGUCAUAAAGUGGCGCAGUUAUUGAGAAACUACUUCAUCAACCAGGAUGGGACAGUAACAUCUUUUAUAAGAGCUUUGAAGGUAGCAUGCUUAUUACACUUCUCUAUGGAACCUUUGAGUCUCAUACAAGGGAGAGUUAUCGUUGAAGAUCAGCUGAGAAAUUCUGGAUUAUCACCUGAGACAAUGUUGAAAUACAUGGAGGAGCUUCCAUCACAUGCAAGUUAUAAUUUGUCUAGGAAUAAAAUGGAUGAUCAGACUAACAAGAGCAUGGCGGAGGGUUUGUCAGAAUUGCUGACAGUGCAGAAACUAUGGAGCACUGUGGUUCUUUGCCUAUAUGAGGCUGGAAAAUAUAGCGGAGUCCGGCUGCUGGAUUUGUUUUGUGAAGCACUCAAUCAUGUUUUGUAUCCAUCAAGGGAUUCUGUUUGUAAGAAGAGGGAUGAAAAAGACCAUGACUUGUCCUUAACAAAUGAUCCCUGUCAGCAAUAUUCCAUCAUGCAAAGUGGAGGUUAUAUUUGCCAGAUAGUACGCAAAGUGAGGGAUCUCCCUUCAGGAAAGCUAGAUCAAUUGAUUGAGAGUUGGGAAAAACUUACAGUAGAUAUUUCAGAGAUUUAUGAGAAACUGAAAAUCUUGCAAUCUUCAAUAAGAUGUAAAGAUGGAAAGAGUUCACUCAGGAAUUCCAAGGACAUUUCCAAGAGAGGUGUGUCCAAGGGUUCUAUAAAUAAUGACAAGGACUCAAGAAUGUCUAACUUGCAAGCUAUUGCAUUUCUUGAUGAUUUAGUCAGAAAUUACUUGAGGCCCAUUGAAGGAAUACCGUUCCAUGAAAUUUUCUGCUUCAAGAAUGUUGAGAAGCUUCAACUGGUUUUGAUUGGAGAUCCAAGGAGAACGAUUCAAGUUGAUCUGUUGGAGUUCCAUAAUAUGUUACAUUGUAGUUGCUGUAACAAGAGUGGCAAAGCCCUAUUGCCAUCCAUGCAUGAUUCUUCAAUCAUGUAUUCACUGGCUCAAGAGCACGGAGAUCUUAUCAAUCUUCAUGACUGGUUCCAGUCUUUUAGAACAAUUGUUCAACAUACAAAUAAGCGGAAACAAAAACCGAAGCAUACUCCCCAACCCAAGAAGAGAAAAGACACGACUGGAUCUGAAGAUCAAAAUGAAGCGUCAAUUCAAGCACGAUUUUGCAGGGGAGUUAUAGAGCUGCAGGUCACUGGACUAGUAAGAAUGCCUAGCAAAAGACGUCCAGAUUUUGUACAGAGAAUAGCAUUUGGAAUUUGA